AGUGCGGUGGAUGCAAAAUACAUUUUCUUCCUGAGAAAACCAAGCCAAACUGAUGUACCACCAGGAUCCACCGUACUAAAAUUUGUGGUCCCUGAGAUCUGUAGGUACCUUUCCGCAUAGCUAGGGCUUUAGAGUUCAGGGGAGUACACGGGUGCGCGGGGAGGCCGCAGAGGGAGGCGCAGAGCAGCCGGUUCAGGGAUCGCGUCUAAAUAUAACGUGGAAAGGAAAGGGGUAAAAAUGUCGCGAUGCUUGGCUUGGUAUAUAUUCUGCUGGAGACUGCCGAUGGGAGACUUCAUUUUGUUUUCCUCCUUAGCCUCUGCGCUUCACUCUCAUUCACUUACCUUGUCGACUCCUCUCGCCAGACGCCAGCCGCCAUCCGCCGCCAUCCCCACGCCAAGCACCUCUAGUUUGUAGCAGACAAUCACUCUUCAGUCAACAUGAAGACCGGACAGGCAUUUUUCGUCCUUGCGGCAACGGCGGUCGCUGCGCUGAACAUGGAAGGAUUCAGUCCCGAGAAGGGCGUCCAGCCCGAGUUCAGGACCUUCUACGAAGCACUGGUGGGCCAAGCAGACAACGCGACGGCGACGACGUCAUUCACCGACUUCUUCACCGCCGACGGCCAUCAGACGACGCUCACGCUUGACUGCGUGGGGCCCGAGAAGAUCCUCAGAUGCAAGCAGGGCUUCCUGCCUCCCGACGGCAGCAAGACUCUGACGCAUUUCCCCGGUAGGGCCUUCAUCUUCAGCAAUAGCGCCAACGCGACUGUGUACGAGGUUCAAGGGCGCAUCGAGCACAACUUUGUCAAGGGCAACUGCUCGCAGAAUGUCUACAAAACUCGCUACACAAUUCUCAAGACCGACCAGCGCGUCGAGGCUGCACCAAACCUGAACCCCAAGCCGCAGCACCAAGUCACGUCAUACCACGACUACUUCAUCGACCCGCCUGUUGUUCCCAACGGCGUCCCCUGCGACAGCCUCAAGGGUAAGGCCAAGACAAAGGCAUGAGUGUUCUGCUCAAGCCGGUAGGAAUAUGGAGGGGAGAGAGAUAAAACAAAGUGGCAUGUAUUACCAAUUAUGACGAUAGACAUGGAAAUGCAAGCGAAAUUGUUCAGCGACCAGUACCCUUGAGAAUGUCGUCGGCAAUCUUCUCAGCCAGCGCGUAAAUCGUGGCCUGCGGGUGUCCCGGCGGCAGCAGCGCGAAGCUGCUCGCGUCCAC